UGUUAUUUGCAGAAGAAAUAACCCGCCAAAAACUUCAUUUUCAUUGUUUGUUGAACUUUGUUCACUAACGGUGUAUGUGUAUGUUGUUGUAACGGUCUUAGUCUUAUUUCUAUAUUAUUUUUAAAUUUUUGUUGUUAUUUAUAGUUUAAAAGUUUAGAGUUUAAAGUUAGUAUAGUGUAUAAUAGUAAAGUUUAGUUUUACAGUAGUAUAGUUUAAUUAAAGUGUAGUAUAGUUUAAAUAAGUUUAAGUUUAAACUUUGUUUAUAAGUUAAUUGUUUCGUGGUAUCGUGUGCGUGUGAGUAAAACAUAAAAAUGCCUCCUCCGAAAUCUAAAGUGUGGAAAUUUUUUACCAAAAUGGAUGCCACAAAAGCAACGUGCAAAAAAUGUUUAAAAACAAUCAAAUAUAGUGGAAACACUUCCAAUCUAUAUAAACAUUUAUCCAGCGUCCAUAGCAUUACACUAGACAAAAGACCAGGACCAAUUAAAAAUAGCGUUGGAGCUAAAAUGUUUAUGGACAUCAGCAAUAUGCUGAGAAAUUCACUUCCGGGACCAAGUGAUGUAGAUGACCCUCCCGUGCCAAGUGGUGCAGAUGAUCUUCCGGGGCCCAGCGGUGUUCUUCCAGAACCAAAUAGUGGAAUACAAGAACUUCCAGGGCCAAGUGGUGCAAGUGAGUCAAGCGUUGGCUCACUUCCGGGGUCAGCCAGUGAUGACCCAACAAUUUCACCAAUUAGGAAGGCUUUCAGAAGAAUUUCUUCUGAAAAGGAAGGAGGUUUGCGGUACAUCAGGAUAACGAUGGCACUGCUUUAUUUUAUAUGUAAGGAUUUGAGACCAUUUCACAUUAUAGAAGGUGAAGGUUUCAAAAACUUGAUGAAGGAGGUGGCACCUUUCUACAAAGUACCAUCAGCAACCUUCAUAAAAAAAAAACUAGCUGAAAAAUAUGAGGUAACGUCCCUACUUUUUAAGCAAAGGUUAUUGAAUGCGGAAUGGGUUUGUGUUACUUGUGACAUUUGGACAGAAACGAUGGCUGAAAAAGGUUUUUUGGGCUUAACUGUACAUUUUUUGGAGGGUACUAGUAUGUGUAGCCGUGACAUUGGGGUAACAGAAUUGAAAACAAACCAUACAGGAGAAUACAUAUUUGAUAGGAUGAGGUUUAUUCUUUCAAAUUGGAAUGUUCCAAUUUCUAAAGUGAGAUGUGUAGUGGCAGACAAUGGAGCGAAUAUGGUGGCUGGGAUAAGAUUACUAGUUGGGGAAAGUAACUACCUACCGUGUUUUGCUCACACUAUUAACUUAAUAUCUGAAGCAACUUUAAAAGAUGAUGUUAUAAAAGUAAUUAUAAAUAAAGUUAGGAAUAUUGUAAAGUUUAUAAAAAAUAGUGUAAAUAAUUCUGACAAAUUACGUAAAAUCCAAAUUGAUAGUGGGGCUUCGGAAGGCUCAGUAAAAAAACUAAUUUUAGAUGUAAGCACAAGGUGGAAUUCAGUAUUCUAUAUGAUAGAAAGAUUUUUGCUAAUGGUCCGACCAGUUACCAUAAUUUUAAUUGAUAACAGUAAUGCCCCAGACAUGCCAAGUCCUCAAGAAAUUGAGAUAUUAAAACAGUUAUUACCCAUACUUAGACCUCUAGAAUAUGUAACUAAGGAAGCAUCUGGAGAGAGAUACGUUACAAUUUCGUCAGUUAUUCCCAUGCUAAAUUGUUUGGUAAAACAAAUUAAUUUAGUGCAGACUGCGAAUGAUAUAGUAAAACAAGUCAAAACAACUUUACUUAAAGAAAUUGAUAAGAGGUUUGCAAAAAUUGAAUUUAACUCCAAUGUUGCUAUAGCAACAUUGUUAGAUCCUAGGUUCAAGGCACUUCACUUCCAAAAUGCUACUGCUUGUGGGAUUGCCAUUCAGAAAUUAAAGCAGUUGGUAAAGUCAACAACUCCCUCUAGCUCUGAUGGUGGUGCAGGCACUGGAGGUGACUCGGACGACGAUUCAACAAAUAAAGAAUAUGAUUUUUGGGAAAUUCAUAAACAGUUGGCUAUGGGUCAAAGAAAUCGAAAGAGAGCAACAAAUGAUGAUGAGGUGACUCUAUAUUUAUCAAAUAGUGUUUCUUAUUUAAAAAGUAGCCCGUUGAAAGAAUGGGAGGAAAUGAAACUAAUGUUUCCCAUGUUGUACAAACAAGCCAGACAGUUUCUAGUUGUGGUUGCAACUUCAGUUCCAUGUGAACGUUUGUUUUCAAAAGCAGGUGCAAUCAUGACUAAAAACCGUAAUAGGCUUACCAGUAAACAUUUAGACAAACUACUUUUUUUGGGAGGUUGCUCUCACGAAGAGUUUUUUGCCUAAAUGUUUAUAAUUUCUGAAGCUUUCCUUGUGGCAUCUUAUGCAAUUUAGAUACUAUUUUAUUUCUAAGUUUGACAUUAAAUUUAUAAUUCGAGUUGCUCUUCGGAAUAAUAUUUUUUGAUGAAUAUUCUUAAGUUGAAGUUGAUUUCAUGUAGGUAUUCAUAAUAACUAUCUUCCAAUAAAGUCAUCCCAAGAACGCAACUCAUAAAUAUUGGCAAUAUCAUUUUAAAGUCAUCUACGUUAAAAUGUAUAAUAUGUCUGAAUUGUCAAUAUGAAUGAGUCAGAUAAAAUUAGGUACUUAAAUCAUUUGAAUGAGUCAGAAGAAUUUUUUUUACCAAGCAAUAAAAAAUUUCUUUAAUUUAUUAAUGUUUUGUAUUUUGAUAACGUUUUCUGAAGUGGAUAUUAAAACGUUCAGUAGUUUUCAUUACCAAGAAAUGUAAUUUUCAUUACACCAACAAUAUUUUAAUUCAAUCCCAUAUUUUAUAAACAUAAUACUAAAUUAAACAUGCCACAAGAAACAGUUUCAGAACAUUGUAGGGCAUAGUUGUACAAGCAUGAAAAUAUAAAUUUCAUUUCAUCCCACUCCGCAAAUGGACUGCUUUUUAAGUGAUACUACCGGAUUGAAAAAAUAAAGAGAAACUUCAUCACCCUGAAGAUGCAUUUUCUUUUUCGUUUUGUGCCCAAGUGCUAACUCCUUAUGGUGUUUCCAUAAAUCAUAUUCAGGUUGCUCAAUCAAAGCUGCAUCAUAUGAUUCAAUUGAGAUUGGGCUAUUUGCUGGUUCUGCGUAACCAUGGUCUUCAGUUUUGGUAUGGCUCUUCCAUGUGCAGCAGGAUCUGGUAAAUGUAUAGGCUUUCAAACCUGGGGUCUAAGAGUCCUUUUUUUCAGCUCUCUUAUUAAUACAUUUUUACAUUCUUGUACAGUAGUUGAGUUUGGUGUUAUACUAUAAAUUUCUGUAGUAAAGCAAUGGUAAGUAAGUAUAAUUUUGGAAAUUGGUAUACACUUUUAGCCAGAUGCUUCCCUUGUUACAUAUUCAAAUCCGUCUCUGGGACUAUGUAUGUAUACAUUCCCUAGUCCUAUCAUUUUUAGACAUUUUUAAAAUUUAAUUACUUCAAGGGUAUUAUUAAAUAGGUACAGUUUUAUUUAAAAAUUCUAUUUACAACAAACAUUUAUUUUAACAAAAAUUACUUACAUAAAAAACAAACAACUAUUCUAAAAAGUGAGGAAAAACCUUGAAAUCUUACUAAGUAGGUAUAAACAAAAAAAUCACUUAAUUAUUUUUAAACUAAAGAUGAAUUUAUUCACUUAUAAUAUUAGGUAACUGUACAAUUAAAGAAAGUCAAUCAUUUUCUGAACAUUUCCCACACAUAAAUACUCUUUAUGUGUUCUAAGCACAUCAAGUUAUUACAUAAAUAACAACUGUACUUUGUUUUUUGACUUUUCUGGCUUCCACAGUUAAAACAAGGACCAUAUUCAAAUCUAGUAUAUGUAUAUCUGUCUUUCUGUGGGUUCUAUUCAGAGGACCAGCAUGGAGUUCAAUAUUUAUGUUUGUAUUUAUCACAAUAAGUUUCAACAUCUGCCCUGUUAUAGCCCUAAUUAUCACUAAAGAGUAAUUUCUCCCUAACGCUCCCUUUAUACCUGGUUAACUAAAUUUUCUACUCUUGCAUGCAUUUGCUUAUUACCAAGAUGUUUUCAUCGUUAGUUUUUUAUCCUUACCAAAAAAAAUCGUCAGCAAAUAUUUUGUGCUUCAUGCAAAAUUUUCUAAAUAAUAAAUAAGAGAUAAUAAAAAAUAAGUAAAAAAAUAUUUUAUUCACCUAAAGUAGGUACAAUGCUAAAAGUUACAAUUCUUACCUUUAGUAGGUACGACCACAAAAGCUAACAUCCUCUGAGAUUUUUUGUAAGGAACGAAAUAUGAACUUAAGUUCAACAAUAUUUUAAAACUAACAACAGGUAAAUAAAUUUGAAUGACCUAGCUCAAAUAUAGGAACAAAUUGUUAGUAUGCUAAAACCAGACUUUGGCACGGAAAGUUAAAGAUGCAAGUUCAUUAAAUGUUUCUAUUUCUACAGCAUUGCCAAGUCUGCUGGAGAUGUUAUACUUUUAACUUUAGGAGACGGUCGGAUAUCAAAAGGUUGAGUUCCAUCUAAUUUUUACAUCUGAAUAAGUUACAAUUAUAUACAAUAAAACUAAUACUUCUGUAACAUUAUUACACAUUUGGAUUUUUCGUAACGUAUGCACAACACUAUUUUUAAUUCACUGAACAAUUUCUUGAACUAUUAUAGCUGCUUUAACAGAAGGUUAUUUAGGUACUUCUUCAGCUAUGAGGUUUAUUGUAUGUGGAAAACAAGGUACUUAGAUGUUUAUUUCCACCUAAAGACACUUAUGGCAGCCAACAUUAUCUGUUACUGCUACAUGAAUUUUGGUUAGUGGUAUGUCCCAUUUCUUGAUAACCAGGUUUUCUCAUAUGUAAUCGACUGUAUGUCUUUUUGUUAAUGCCCAAGUUGCUAUACUUACAUAUACAUUAUUUUCUACUAAAUGUGCUGUUACACCCAGGAAUCACACUGCAUUCGUUUAUUCUGUCUAUUUGACUAGGGUGAGGUGAGACAAAAAUUGUGUAUUUUGGAUAAUCUUAACUUACAAAUAGCAGUACAAGCUUUGUAUUUUUCAGUAGUUUUUUUUUAUUAAGUAUUUUGCCUUCGACUUCAACUAGGUAUAGAUGCUCAAUAUAUCCUUGCAUAUAAAAAAAGUAAGAUUGAAGUACACCCAGAACCAGAUACAGCACCAAGUGUCAAGAGGUUGGAACAAAAUAAUAUUUCUUAUUGUAAUUUAUAUUUUUAUGAGCAUAUUUUUUUUCAUGAAAAUAAACUUUGUUAUUAUUA